AGGCGAAGUAGGGGAAGAGAGAAUCAGUAAGAGUGCUUAUUCAUUUUCCUCGUCAUCCACGUUCCAGCACUUGUCAGGUCUCUUCAGGUUGUUGGUCGAGCUCCCAAGACGCUCCCCACUCCCCUCGUGCGCGAGGCCACGCCUCCCUCUCCUUGUGCCCCGUGAUUUUCCUCCAUCUCGGAUUCCUACUCCUAAUCACCAAUCGUGCAUAGUAGUACUCUAGGUGUGAAAGAAAGGUGCCUCCUCCUCGUCCUCGUCGUCCAAAUCUUGACUUACAGUGGAUAGACUAGGUCUGAUCGCCGGGUGUCGUCAUUAUUGCUGUUGUGGUGUUGGUCUUGGCCCAAGGCGUGGAUCUCUCGGGGAAUCGGAUUGGGAUCAUUUCUCGAUCUCAUUGCCAGAGCUUUACCUUACCCUCGCUCUCAGGUGGGAUCGGUAUCAAGUCUAGUCGGAGUAGAGUGGUCUGACCGGUUUGACUUGUCCGUCAAUAGUGUAUGGACAUUGUGAUCGACAUUUGUGGUGAGGAGCCUUGAUGCGCAUUUGAAGGGAAUGAAAGGCUAACUUAAUCUCGUGCCUUGUAGUAGAAGAGAAGAGCCGAAUGUGCUCAGUGUUGUUGGUCAUCGGAAGUUGAUUUUUAACAUCGAUAGCAGUAGCAUCAUCAUCAAAUAUCAUCAUCAAAAAUCAUCAUCAUAAUCAUCAUUGUCCAUCUCGAGGCAGAGCUGCUGCUCUUUUUGAAAAGGGGAGUGUAUAUUUUCCACACUGUUGAGUUUAUGGCAGCAUUGGAUGAGUGGUGAGUAAAGCCGACAAGGAGAGGAAUACUCGCACACAUACACACUAGAGAGCUAAGGAGUGGUGUUCAGGUCGAUUUCUCGCUGCCAAUUCGCCGCUUUCCUCCUUCCUCUCCUGCUAUCUCCCACAUAGUAUAUAUGCAUACGACUACUAGCGCACAUCAAAUUCGACUCGUUCGUGUGUGGGAAUCAUUCAAGGAGUGGGGCAUUGUGGAUGCAAUUACAGGCUACGACAAGUACUAAGUUGCAUACAUGCUCGCGAGACUGACGAGAGCGCUGGUGAGUGAGGUGAGCGAAAAACCGAAGUCUGCACAGCUGUUCCCGCACUCCCGACUACUAGGAUAGUCUUGUGUCGUCGAUAAGGCCGGACUAUUUCGAUGAAAAGUUCAUAGUGACUACCUUCGUUGUGGGGGAGUCCAUCCUUCGCCUUCUCUUGCUCAUCAUCGUCCCCGUUUUCUUCUUCCCCGCUUUUGGGCCCAAGUGCUGACUUAAAAGGGCCAAAUCUAUCCCGUCUGCUCGAUCUUCGACAUAGAGGCCAAAACUAGUGGGCAAAAGCAGCGAGGAGUUUAAUGGCGGGUGGUGGAGCAUUGUGGUGAAGCCAUCCAUGUGUGGACUUUUACCAAACCACUUGUGAACCUUGAGUUGGUCAUGGUUCUGUUGUGAAGACCACACUGACAGUACCUCGGUCGAGAUCAAUUUGACGUCAUCUUUCAAUCUAAGGCUCUGACUAUGAGCAUGCUUGAGCCGGAAUCUUCCGAGGUCUUUGAUGAUAUCCAGCACACGGGUAUUCUACACACUCGCGAAGAGAGUCAUGACGACAACAUCAAUGCUAAUGUCGACCAAGAGGCCUUCAGCAGCGGCUCCUUGGGGAACCAUCCUGGAGAGACAAUUCAAAUGCUAAGAAAUGGAAGCAGCCAUGCCUGUUCAACCUCGCCCGAUCCUUCUGCUCCAUUAAACCUCCACGAGAACUCUGAAGAUCUCGUCAUCAAAGGGACCUCGUCCUCCAAUCCAGCCUCUCAACAGAGAAAGUAUGGAUUCCUGUACGACUCCUCAACUCAUUCUGUUGCCACCACCACCCGAUACGCUGAGAGUGACAAACUCCGGUCUAUGCGGGCCAAAAAAGAGCAACGUGAAAAGCGGAAAGAGAACAAGAACGUCAAAACGGUCUUUAAAGUGGAAGGACACGAUCAAUACGACUACAACCGUGUCUUGGAGUUUUUGGGCGAAACCACGAAAGAAGAACUCAAGAAAGGCAAAAAGACCCAGAAGUCUGGCGGUGCAGUGGCCUUGACGGCGACCAGUGGCAAUGGGAGCGUGCUGAUAUCUACCAACAGUUCUGGAAAUGGCGGAGUGAAGAGCAAGGCCAGUCGUAAGAAGUCCAAGGACGGGUCGGAUCUAAAGACGAAAACGUAUCAAGUUAAUGGCAAUGCUAAAGCUCAUUCCGCCGGCGAAGAAGAAGAAGAGGAUGACGACGAUGGUAAUGACAGUGAUAAUAAUGUGGGUGCUCCUGGCCGGAAGGUGAAUGGCGUAAAAGACAAUUCGAAGAAAGUGAUCACGAAAAGUAACAGUGAGGAGUCUUCGUCCACCUCAUCCAGCCGACAGCGCGAUUUGAAAGAGGAGGAACUCAUCAAGUUUGAUCAUAAUAAUUUCAUGGUUAUGGUCAAUCCGCCUGAUCCGGGCGACCUUCGCCGCCAAACUAGUCGAUCCAUUGAAAAUUUAAGCAGUUUCACCACAGUAACGAAGAAAAAGAAAAAGAAGUCGCCAACCUUGUCCUCAGACGAUGGCUAUCACAACUAUAGCGGCCGUUCCUUGAACUCAACUCCAGACUACAGGAGCAAUAAUAACUACAGUAAUAAUAUUAAUAUUAAUAACAACGUUGGCCCUCCUGUUGGCAAUGGUGGAGGGUUCAUGGUUGGAACUCACUCGCGCAACAAGUUCCACCCGAACAAGUCUCAGAGUGGUCAUGUGGUUAUCAACAUGGCCAACAGCAGUAGUAGCAGCAACAACAACAAUAACAAUAACAACAGCAGCAGCAGCAGUAGCCACCACUCCAAUCCUCUGAACCGCGACAUCAUUAAGCUUUUCCGCAAUGCUGCCGCUUCCGGCAACAGUGCCCCCAAUGGCGUGAUGGGCACGAACAGUCACAGCGGUUCGAGUAGCCAAUCAAGUAGUGCCGCGGUCACCACUACCACCACCACAGAUGUGUCCGCAGCCUCGUCGGUGCCUCAGUCCCCACCCUCCACUGAUCUCGAAUUUGGAGCCGCUGACUUCCCACCUUUGGCCGAGAACCUGGUCGGCGAGGAGGAGUCAGGUAGUGACAGUGGGCCCACCGCCAUUCCGCUCAACAACGCUUCCUCCCUCGGCGGUCCAAUCAGCAACAACAACAACCUUCCUCUGUCAGACAAUGGUCCCUCUUCAACGUCAUUUGGAACAGGUCCUCCACCACCUGCCGCAUCCACUUGGCCACGGAAGACUGAGGCCUCCAGGGUGGUGGACGGGACUGGUAGUAGCCCAGCUCAUUCCCAUUCUUCUUUGACGACAAGUGAUUCCCAAAUGGCUGUGAUACCACCCAAAAAGAAUUCAGCCUCCGAGGCCGAAACCCCGCCUUCUCUCUGUGGGCCUCCCGACGUGACCCAAGGGAUCAGCCCCAAUCUUAUGAACGCACUCCCAGAUGUGACAGCCCAAGCCCCUUACCUCGCCGAUUCGCACUCUGGCGACAGCACUCCCCCACGCCAACGUCAACGCCAAGCUGAAGAAGUCUGCUCGCAGCCAAGUCACUGCGAUGAACCGCCCCGAGAAAGCGAACAUGCCGCCACUGCCUCCAUUCACAAUGCCGUCUAUCGGGCUGACAGCGCCUCCUGUGGAGGUAGUAGCGUCUGCGAGCCUGGCCGGGAUACCUCAUCUCGUAACAGCACGGCCAGCUUCUUUCUGGACACGGACAACAACGUGGAGAUCGUGCUCACCGAAGAGGAGUACAAUCGGCGACGUGAAAUUGGCUCGGCGCCUGUGGUCAUCUUGAGCAAGAGUGAGCAUGCGCACGGGGAUUGGUUGGGUGGUGCUCCUGACGUCGAGUUCGGAUUCGACAUCAACCAGACCCUUUUGAACGCUCCCGCAGCAACAGCAUCCCACGCCUCAGCCAACGACCUCUCGAUGAUGACCCAAACCUUGGCAAAGCUGCCGUCUGGAGGCGGUAUGUACUUGGGUGGCGAUUACGCUCCCAUGGCCGUGAUACCACCCACCACACCCAUUAGCCAUGUGGAUGGUGCCAUCGUGAGCUUCGGUGAGAGCAUCGACCCAGUCUCGCCGCAAGCCAAUUACUAUUCCUCUGUGAUGUCCAUCCCUGACGGACAGGGGAUGACUUGGGCCGAGAUGGUGGCUGCCUCCUCAUCCAGCUCUGGUCCCGGCUCACCUGAAAUGCCACCCAUUUUCCCGUCCAGUCGCAGUAGCCACACGCCCAUUUUUCAGGCCACACCCGAGGACCUGUCCCCGAGCUCCUCCGGGCGUGCCACCCCAGUCAUUGAGUCUUCAGUUCAUUACGCGUCUAGCUCGACCAUAGGCGGCUGUGGAGCCCCACCAUUACCGCCGCCUUGUUCCAAUGCAUCAUCCUCGCUAUCAUUAGCAUCAUCAUCAACAACGUCAACAUCAUCACCUUCAACCACCAGCUCGUAUCAUCUCAAUUAUCUUGAGUUGGUCACAUUUGUGGCUUCGGAGUGGCAGAUCACUCGGGACGAUUUGAAGUCCAACCGUGCGCAGGUCUACUCAGCGAGCCAAUUUCUGCCGAAGAGUGCUCCCUCAUCUGCCACGCCCCUAAUGAAGUCGUCUUCCAAAGCUGCUCUCAUUUAGGUUUCAUCAAGUCGAGAAUCGCCCAGCCUCUCUGGAUGCAAAUGAAAGGCUAUUUUUCGCAAAGGGAGGGGAGCAUUUGUCACCCGAACCAUGUUGUCAGCCCCAAGCUCCGCCCAUGGCAGACCUUCAUCAGGAGGUUUUUUUAUAUUGUCCUCACGUGAACGGUUCUUAAAGUCGUUUUGUUGGCAUCAUCAAGAAAUUACCUAACAGUUAAAUGAAAAUCAAACACUUUUUGGGAGACAACGUGGACAUCCAUCUGUUAUCCCGCGAAUUUCCUUGUUCUCCUUCCCUCGCCCUUCAUAGUAACUCUGAUUGGCAUUUUAUUGAUUGUAAAUCGAGUGUUCUGCACUUUGCUCCUCCGUAUGAUUACAUUAUUGUUAGCCUAAACAGCACCAACAACAACAGCCACAACCACAACGUUAUCAGCAUCUCCAUCAAACUUUUCAUCGUUCUCACGAUCCCAACGGCUCCGGGACAUUUUUAAUUCCAUAAUAUAUAUUCCAAAUCAGUCACGUUGAUGAAGUGACAAGCAAGUACGAGAAAGAAAGCUUUGAUGAUUCAAAUCUGAACAUAACACAUGCAAAUGUAAGAAGGAGUAAAUACAAGAAGCAUUAUCUGCGUCAAGAGGAAUAAAGCAAGUCAAAACAGAAAAUACAAAAUCACACCCAUCCACAAA